AUGUCGAAACAGAAGACUGGUGAUGAGGCAGUCGACUGUCCAAGGAGCAGUGACCAAGUGGAGUUGAAGCAGGGAAAGAAGAGGAAACGCGUCGAGGUACCCAAUGGAAAGUCACAGCUGAAUGCACCAUCAGAAAAGGCUGCUGAAGCCAGCAAUGUGAAAGAGGAAAAGGUGACCAGCACUGCGCCACCCAAAGCGUCGAAACUAGGAUCGGGAUCGCCAGCACAACACCAUAAAUCCCACUCAAUCACGACGUCAGGGCAAACGGGUCAAACGCGGAAACGAACUGACAAGAAAACGUUCACCAGACCCCAGCAGAGCGCUCCACCACACCUUUUGCGGAAGCGUGAUGAGCUGCUGCCUAAGAGAAAGGCACUGCCUAUUUGGCCACAAGCGGACUCUAUCAAAGCUGCGCUGAGAAAAAACAAUGUCCUCGUCCUCACCGGAGAGACAGGUUCCGGUAAAUCGACCCAAGUACCACAGUUUCUACUAGACGAGAAAUGGUGUACCCAAUGCAUCGCAAUUACGCAACCUCGACGAGUUGCCGCUAUUUCUCUGGCGAGGCGUGUAGCAGAAGAGAUGGGCAGCUACAUGGGUAGCCAGAGUCCUAUGGCGAAAGUUGGCUACAGUGUGCGAUUCGACAAUGCCACAGGACCGAAUACGAAGAUCAAAUUUCUAACGGAAGGAAUGCUGCUGCAGGAGAUGUUGAGAGAUCCGAUAAUGUCGCAAUACAGCGCUGUAGUGGUCGACGAGGUUCACGAACGCAGUGUCAACGUCGAUCUGAUUCUUGGAUUUCUCAAGAACCUCGUCUCAGACAUCGAGCAAAGCGGGAAAAAACGACAGCAGCCUCUCAAGGUUGUUAUCAUGAGUGCCACUGCUGAUGUAGAGGCACUUGUCGGGUUUUUUGAUGAUUCCAGUGCGUCAGAAAAGGCAUCGUCUGCAUUAGAAGGCGGUAUUACGAUGGAGAACGCAUCCGAGCAGGCGAUCACAAGCCGUGUGUCGAAGUGUUUCGUGGAAGGCCGGCAGUUUCCAGUCAAGACAGUCCACCUACCAAGCCCUACGCAAGACUGGGUCGAGGCGGCUCUCAAGCUCAUCUUCCAGAUUCACUACAAAGAGCCUUUGCCCGGUGACAUCCUGGUAUUUCUGACUGGUCAAGACACGAUUGAGGGGCUGGAGAAGCUCGUUAACGACUAUGCGGAGGGUAUGGAUGCCGAGGUACCAAAGCUACUCGUCCUACCACUUUUUGCCGCUUUGCCACAACACGCCCAACAACGCAUCUUUGAACCAACACCAUUUCGCACAAGAAAGGUGAUCUUGGCAACCAACAUCGCCGAAACAUCCGUCACAGUACCCGGUGUCCGGUACGUCAUCGAUUGCGGCAAGUCGAAGACCAAGCAGUUCCGCAGUCGUCUAGGCCUGGAGUCGCUCCUAGUCAAGCCCAUCUCAAAAUCUGCGGCAAUCCAGCGCAAGGGUCGUGCCGGUCGUGAAGCUCCUGGACAAUGCUACCGGCUAUAUACAGAGCAAGGCUACAACGAGAUGGAAGAGCGAACGAUACCCGAAAUCUUGAGAUGUGAUCUCAGCCAGGCGAUCUUGACUAUGAAAGCGCGUGGUGUAGACGACGUGCUCAACUUCCCCUUCCUAGAUCGACCGCCCCGCGAAGCGCUUGAGAAAGCUCUUCUACACCUGCUCCAUCUGCAAGCCCUGGGAGAGACCGGUACCAUCAGCGAUACCGGUCUGAAGAUCGCAAAACUCCCUCUCACACCAACCCUAGGCCGCGUUCUUGUCGAAGCCGCGAAACCUGAGCGCGACUGCCUACUUGACGUAAUCGACAUCAUCUCCGCCCUCAGCGUCGAGAACGUCUUCCUCAACCUCGUCACCGAGGAGCGCAAAGAAGAAGCCGAAGAAGCGCGUCGUGAGCUCUACCGACGAGAAGGCGACCACAUGACGCUCCUCGUCACCGUCCAGCGCUAUGCUGAGGAGCAGUCAGACCGCAAAGCUUGGUGCAUCAAACACUUUGUUUCACACCGCGCGAUGCAGAACGUCAUGAACGUGAGGAAGCAGCUGCGCCAGCAGUGCCAGCAGCUCAAACUCCUCUCAGCCAGCGAUGAUCAGGACAUGUCGAACCCGUCGGAAGAGAGGACCAAGGCAAUUCUCGCGUGCAUGCUACGGGGAUUCGUGGCGAACACCGCUAGGCUGAUGCCAGAUGGGAGUUACAAGACACUCAACGGUAACCAGUUGGUAGCGAUACAUCCCGGGUCGGUCCUGUUUGGGCGCAAGGUUGAGGCGAUUGUAUUUAACGAGUUCGUCUUCACCGGGAAGGCGUGGGCGAGGGGCGUGAGUGCGGUGCAGCUGGACUGGGUUGCUGAAGUUAUCGACUCAAUCUUGUAG